UACUUUAUUCACUUAAUGUCAAAAUGUCUAUUACUUAUUGUCAUCCUCAGAUCAAACAGCGGCAAAUCGAAAGCAGAGACUCCCAGAACACCCAGCAGCCCCUCGAGCCCUACCUUUGCCCCCUCUGUCUGCCUCCUGGCGCCCUGCUAUCUCACGGGGGACUCUGUCCGGGACAAGUGUGUGGAGAUGCUCUCCGCGGCCCUGAAGGUGGACGACAAUUACAAGGACUAUGGGGUCAACUGUGACAAGAUGGCAUCAGAAAUCGAAGACCAUAUCUACCAGGAGCUCAAGAGCACAGAUAUGAAGUACCGGAACCGCGUGCGCAGCCGAAUCAGCAACCUCAAGGACCCCAGGAACCCCGGCCUGAGGCGGAACGUGCUCAGCGGGGCCAUCUCCUCUGGGCUCAUUGCCAAGAUGACGGCAGAGAGUCUCUAUCUUGGAAAGACCUUUGUACACCCUCAGAUGAUUCAAAGAAUGGGGCAGAUUCUGAGAUACCCAUUAGAGCUGUUGAGUGGACAUACUGGCAGCCCACAAGGAGAGGGGUUUUGUUCCCAGCGUCAAAGCCAGUGCCUGGAAAUGGCCAGUGACGAGCUGAGGGAGUUGAGGAAUGCCAUGACCCAAGAGGCCAUCCGUGAGCACCAGAUGGCCAAGACAGGCGGCACCACCACCGACCUCUUCCAGUGCAGCAAAUGCAAGAAGAAAAACUGCACCUAUAACCAGGUGCAGACACGCAGUGCCGAUGAGCCCAUGACUACCUUUGUCUUAUGCAAUGAAUGUGGCAAUCGCUGGAAGUUCUGCUGAUAGAACCACCAGCCAGGAUUUCAGUGAACAAGGUGAGGAAGAACAAAGAGAAAGCACUAAGCCAUCGUAACUGGAGAAAAAUAAAAAUUAAAAUGAAGAAAAGUACUUAACUCUGAAUGGGGCAUUAGGGAUCAGACGGAGAAUUCUUUUACAAAUUAAUAAUCAGUUAAUAAUAGUGAUUGACUAAUAGGAGGAGUCUAAUUGGGGUACAAUGCUUAGUCCGUGUUGACAGACCUCUUGUAGAAACUCAGAGCCUCAGAGCUGAGGUGCUGUAUCUUUGACAGUGACUGGCAGACCUUUGCUUUGAGUCCCUUCCUUCACAUCUGAACCUCUCGGCCUUUUCUGAGUUGAAAACUACCAGACCGACUCAAAUCUUACCCACCCCACCAUGAAUCACACGUGCAGAACAGUUGGCACAUGGUUUGGCUUAGGCAGAUAUGACUUCCACAUCGUGUAGAAAGACUUCUUCCCCACUCCUCAUCUC